UUACUACGACAGGUGCAGACAGUCAGACAGUGAGGGAGAGGAGGGCGACAGUAUAUAAUCGCUGGCAGUCCUACAAUUUGAUAGUAGUCGACGACCGCUGUCCCUGUUUUCAGGCAAUAUGAAUUCUCUCGUAAUCCUCGUCUGCGCUGUGGCCGCUGUCGCUGGCUUUCAGGAUGAGUCUAGGGUCCACUGGGAAGACUUUAAGGCUAUGCAUCACAAGAGGUAUCCUAACCCGAUCGAAGAUGCCUUCCGAGCUAAAAUAUUCAAUGAGAAUGCCGUAAGGAUUGCGAAGCACAAUGAACUCCACGCUUACGGCAAGGUCAGCUUUAAGGUCGGCUACAACCAAUUUGCUGAUAUGCACACCCACGAAGUAACCGAAAAAUUAAACGGCUUCCGCAUGGAUUUAAAAAGGCGAAGUGGUAGCAUUCACAGAGCCUCCAACGACUCCAAGCCCUUCAGUAGGAAAGUGGAUUGGAGAACCAAAGGCCUCGUGACUCCUAUCAAGGACCAGGGUCAGUGCGGCUCCUGCUGGUCUUUCUCCGCUACCGGCUCACUCGAGGGUCAACUCUUCAAGAAGACUGGCAAGCUGGUCUCGCUCAGCGAGCAGAACCUCGUCGACUGCUCUUCGAAGUACGGCAACGAGGGCUGCAACGGAGGUGUGAUGGACUCGGCUUUUGAGUACGUGAAGGCCAACGGCGGCAUCGACUCAGAGGAGACCUAUCCUUACACUGCACAGGACGGUCGCUGUCUUUACAAGUCCGCCAACAGUGUUGGAGUUAACACCGGAUACACUGACGUAAACCCAACCGAGAACGAUCUCCGCGACGCAGUCGAGAAGGUUGGACCAGUAUCAGUAGCGAUCGACGCCAGCCACUGGAGCUUCCAGAUGUACGCUAGCGGCAUCUACCAGGAGCCCGCCUGCUCAUCGGACAGCCUGGACCACGGCGUGCUGGCCGUCGGCUACGGCAGCGACUGGCCCAACAAGGACUUCUGGCUCGUCAAGAACUCCUGGGGUGACUCCUGGGGUGAAGGCGGGUACAUCAAGAUGGCCCGCAACAAGAACAACAACUGCGGAAUCGCCACGAUGGCCAGCUACCCCACUGUUUAGGUCUACCAGCCCGAGGCAGUUCCUCUUUCCCACCAGACCCAAACAACCACUACUUUCAUUUUUACACGUCUUUUCUAUAAAAAAAAAAAAAAAUU